GCCAGCGCGCCACGCGGCCCGGCCCACGACGACGCAACCACCUGAAGAGCGGAAUUCCUCUCCUCUCCUCUCCAUUCUCUCCCCGCGCAGAGCCAGCCAGGGAAGGAGCAGGAGCAGGAGCAGCGACCAGGGCGGAGCACGCGAGGCAUGGAUAGAUACCAAAGGGUAGAGAAACCUCGUAAUGAGACACCAAUUAGCCAGAAUGAGAUCAGGAUCACUACACAGGGGAGGAUGAGGAACUAUAUCAGCUAUGGGAUGUCGUUGCUUGAGGAAAAUGGCCAUGAUGAGAUUAGUAUCAAGGCAAUGGGACGGGCCAUAAAUAAGACAGUUAUGGUUGUCGAAUUGAUCAAGAGAAGGGUUGGUGGUCUUCAUCAGAAUACAUCUACUGAAUCUGUUGAUAUCACUGACACAUGGGAACCUUUGGAAGAAGGCCUUCUCCCCCUAGAGACGACUCGCCAUGUAUCAAUGAUCACCGUAACAUUGUCCAAGAAAGAGCUGGAUACAUCAUCUCCCGGGUACCAGCCACCUAUCCCAGCUGAAGAGGUGAAACCUGCUUUUGACUAUGAUCAUGAAGAAUCCUAUCCCACUGGUCGUGGAAGGGGUCGUGGUGGUGGGAGAAGAGGCAGGGGAAGAGCUAUGAGCAAUGGCCCCCCUCCCCCCGCUUAUGAUUACAAUGAAGAGUGGGAGGAGGAAAGAGAUUACUACAGUAGAGGGCGUGGGAGAGGGAGAUCACGAGGGAGGGGAGGUAGAGGACGUGGCUACUACGGAGGUAGAGGACGUGGCUACAGCUACAAUUAUGGUUAUGGCGGCAGAGGCGGUUACUAUGAAGAGCAAGAUGAAUACUAUGAUGGUGAGCCCGAAGAAUAUGCUCCCCUAGGCCGUGGGCGUGGCAGGGGAAGAAUGGCACCUUUCCGCGGGCGAGUCCGUGGCCGCGGCCGGGGAGGUUAUUAUUAGACAAAAACAGUACAUGCCAAGCUAGCACACCGGUGACAGCCGGCACUGGUGUGCUUAAUUAUCUGGUAGCGUUUGCUCCCUAUGCUCCUCUAUGGUGUUCCCUAUGCCCUUCAGAUGUUACUUUUGGUGCUGUGCGACUUGUCGGGCAAAUUUUGUGGCUCAUUCGUGGUUUUGUAGCUAGGCUAGCCAGUUAAGUUUACCUUGCACUCAGUAGUUCAGUAGUGUAGUGUUUCUCUAUCGACAUGCGAAAAUGUUGCGUCUCCUGUUGAUCUGUCGCCGUAUUUGGUAUGUAUGCUGACUGCUGAAUGCAUCAGUUUCUUCAA